AUGAAUGAAAAUGAUGUAAAGCACCAGUCGCGUACAUCAUUACCUUCAGAUACUUUAAUGACAAUGUCACCAACAAAAAUGAAUACAUCUUAUUUAAUUCUUAAAAAUAAUCAUGAAAUUGAUGAGAUUGCCGUGAAUCUUGAUCAACAACAACUCAAUGAAAAGUUAACAUUGAAACAUUUGACAGGCGAUCCGGAAUUUGUUGACAAUUCAAAUCCAAUCGAAUCAACUAAAAUAGCUAGUUUAAUUGAUGAACCACCGAAACGUCCAAUUAAAGGUUAUCAGCUGUUGAAAAAGAAAUUUCGUCUUACACGUGAUGCAUUUGGCGGUGGUUUGAAGAGAAUCAAUAAUACUCAGAAUAGUAAAACACCACCACCAACAACAACAACAGCAUUAACAACUACCUCUACUAAAGCAACUUCUAAGAAUGGUACUACUAUAACUUACAAUAAUAAUAAUAAUACUAUUAAUCAUAUCAGUACUGAACAAAUUCAAAGUAAAAUGGACACUUUUCAAAGUGUCAACUUAUUAAAUGGCUCUAAAAAUCAUAAUAUCUCACGAAGAAUACGUUCAUCUAGUUUCAGUAUUGAACAAGAAGAUCAAGAACCACAUUUAUCUAUUGAAUCAAACAAUAUUACUCAUCAUGAAAAUAUAAACAACAAACAUAAUCGUCAUUAUAAAAAUAAUCAUUCAAAAUGUCACAAUAUUAAUUAUCAUAAACAAUCAUUGUUAACUAAAUCUCAGUUAAACAUUAAACCAACGAAUCAUUUAGAAUGUUUAAGUUUACAAUCAAGUCUUAAACAUAGUCAACUUUCUUUAUGGGAUAUGCAAAGAGAUUAUCCAAGAAAUUAUAUUACAUUAGGUAGUAGUAUGUUAGGUGUAUCUGAUAAUGCUAGUAUUAUUACAACAGAUGGUUUAAGUGAACAAUAUAAUGAUUUAAUAUCAGCAUUUCAUAAAAUUUUAAUUGCAGUCGGUGAAAACCCGAAUCGUCAAGGUUUAUUAAAAACACCACAAAGAGCUGCUAAAGCUAUGUUAUAUUUUACUAAAGGUUAUGAAGAACGUGUUAGUGAUGUGUUGAAUGAAGCAAUUUUCGAUGAAAAUCAUGAAGAAUUAAUUUUGGUGAAAGAUAUUGAAAUGUUCUCUAUGUGUGAACAUCAUAUGAUACCAUUUAUUGGACAUGUAUCAAUUGGUUAUUUGCCUAAUAAAAAAAUUCUUGGUUUAAGUAAAUUAGCACGUAUUGUAGAAAUAUAUUCACGUCGAUUACAAGUUCAAGAACGAUUAACAAAACAAAUCGCUCUAGCAUUAACUGAAGCAGUUAGUCCAAAAGGUGUUGGAGUAAUUAUUGAAGCUACACAUAUGUGUAUGGUAAUGCGUGGUGUACAAAAAAUCAAUUCUACCACAGUGACAACAACAAUGAUGGGUGAUUUAAAGAAUAAUUUAAAAUUACGUGAAGAAUUUCUUCAACUUGCUGGAAGAAAAUAA